AUGACAUUAAAAUCUGUACUUAAUCAAGCAUUUAAAUUAAAAAAUUAUAAAACUAGAACAAGCUUUGCCAAACGUUUAUUGGAAUGGAAACCAGCAGCUGAUGUUGCUCAACAGAUCGGUGAACAAUGUUUGAAUGAUCAAUGGCCACCAAAACCUGAUAGAGUUUUACCAACAUAUAUUGUAAAUUUAGAUGUACCACCUAUCGAACGUUGGAAAGAUGUUAUAGUUACUUAUAAAAAUGAACUUAGUGAUUUAAUUGCCUAUUUGAAAACAUUUAUUAUCGAAAUUUCACCAGAACUUCAAUUUUUGAUCAAUCUUAUUGAUACUAAACUGCCGGCCAUGGCUGAUACAUUACCAACACCAUAUGGUGAUGAAAUGAAAGGCAUUAGUCAAGCAUCUGGAUUACCAUUGGGUGAAAUUGUUUUAUACAAUAUUUUUUAUGAAAUUUCAUCGUUGUGUACAUCUGUUGUGGGACAAGAUCAAUAUGGCAAUAUCUUACAUGGACGAAAUCUUGACUUUGGAGGAGCUAUGGGCUGGGAUAAGAUAAAUCAUACUUGGACACUAACAGAAAAAUUACGUCCAUUAAUGGUUCAAAUCAAUUAUACACAAAAUGGUCAAGUUCUCUUCAAAACGACAACAUUUCUUGGUUACAUCGGAUCAUUGACUGGUAUUAAACCAGGUGUAUUUAGUAUUUCAAUCAAUGAACGUAAUAGUCUUAAAGGUGGUUACAUUGGCUUAAUUGAAUGGAUCUUUAAUAUUAAUCGUAAUCAAUCAUUUAUUACACUCGCUAUUCGUGAUAUGCUCACAAAAUCUGAAAGUUAUGAUCAAACCGUUAAAUAUUUAGCUGAAGUUUCGCUAUUAGCUCCAUGCUAUUAUAUUGUUGCUGGACCAAAAGCUGGACAAGGUGUCAUUAUAACUCGAUCACGAAAUGGACCCGAUGAUAUCAAACCAUUGGGCAGAGAUAAUCUAUGGUUUAUAGCUCAAACUAAUUAUGAUAAUUGGAAAAAACAACCAAUCUUCGAUGAUCGUUUAACACCAUGUAUUAAAUGUAUGCAAGCAAAAGGCAAAAAUCAAGUUACAUUUGAGUCUUUAUUUAAUGUACUUUCUUCACGACCUAUGCUUAAUAAAGAAACAGUAUAUACAUCUUUGAUGGAACCAGCAACAGGUCGAUUUGAAUCAUAUUGGCAGUAUUGUCGUGAUGAAGAUGCUCCAUGUCGACCUUGGUAA